UAGGGGAUAAGAUGUUACAUCGCGGGGGUCCCGCCGCUGGGGACCCCCAAAAUCUCCGCGCCGGCAGCUGUGGCGUCCGAAACAGCUUGCAGCUUCCGCAUUUUGUGACAUCACACCACGCCCCCUCCCAUAGACAUGAAUGGGCAUGUCUAGUACAGAGCCGUCACAUCUGCCCCCAUAGACAUGAAUGGAGGCGGCAUAGUGGCCUCCAUCGCCAUACAUCGAGCAUGGAGCGGAGUACGCUCUGUACCCAGAAUAAUAUGGGUUCCAGCCCGGACAUCGCGGGGUCCUUUGGAUAGGGGAUAAGAUGUGUGCAGCAGAGUAACCCCUUUAAGGUUGUUAAGAAUGAAAGUUGCGAUCUGAUUGGUUGCUAUGGGCAACUGGUCAACUUUUCCUCUGCACAGGUUUUGAUAAAUCUCCCCAAUUGUUUCUUUGUAGAAGUUUCUCAUCAGGGGAAAAAUUCCUAGCAUUCUUAUGUGUUUUACAAUGGAGAGCACCCCAGGCUUGAUUAACCAACUUACCUCUCAAGCCCUCUUGGUGAUGGCCACCUCUGCAGAUGGUCCACUUGGCAUGGCACAACAGCCGCCCCUCUAUACAGUGCCACUUGGUAUGGACAAACCACCACAGAUGACUUACCUAAGCCCGGCCUACCCUCUACUAUACCCACCACAAGAACACUUGAAUUCUGCCUGCGCCCCUCAGCUCCUUUCCCUUUCUCACCAAUACGGACCUCCACGUCUAGACCGCGGAGGUGUAGGAGUUUUGGGUUACAGUGCCCUCCACCCUUUUGCGUUUCGCCUUCCUGAGAGUGUGGAAAGACUUCAAGCUGGGUUUCUAAAUGCUAAAAGACUAAAGGGAGACUCUGAGCCUCCACAGUUACAUUACCUUCCUAUGGAGACAGGACUGGAAGCUUCUCAUGUAUCACCUGGACCGAUGAUGUCACCAACAUCCCAUAGGAGUUCCCCAAAACCGAGAACGAGUUCUCACAAGAGAGAUAAAAAGAGUCCUCUCACGUUACCUCUCUUGUGUCCUCUGUGUCAUAAACAUCUCCAGAAAGAGGAGCUCACCCAACAUCUACUACAAGAAAUGGACCAGCUGGCCCAUCUAUCGGACAGUGAGUUGGACGGCGCUCCAGAAUCCUCCAAAAACUACACCCAGUCCCCACAGCAAAGACGAGACACCCGCAGUGACUCCCCACUGAUGACCUCAGAGGAUGGACAGAAACUGGACAGGCAACAGGUUUUUCAGCAGAUUAGGUGGAACAGAGAAGAGCGAUUGGGAGCAAGGGCCGGGAGGUGCAAAAGACAACGACUGAAUCCAGAAGAGCCUCUGAGAGGGGUUCCAGCAGACAGUGAAGCCACAGAGGAAAACCACUGGGAUGAUGAGAUGCGGAGCCCGGAGAAGGCAUCUUCCCAUGGAACAGGUUGUAGGGGAUCUCCAGGAAUCAUUUCACCCAGUCACAGUGAAGACUCUGACAGUGAAGAGACCCCAGCUUCUUCUCAUGCAAAUGAAGAAAGUUUGGGGGCUCUUCGAGAGAAGAUCCACGAGUUGACUGAGAAACUCAAGAAUACCCACACCUGUCACAUUUGCCUGGAUGCGUACACCGUCCCUGUCGCUUCUAUCCAAUGCUGGCAUGUUCACUGUGAGGGCUGCUGGUUGAGGGCACUGGGAUCAAAGAAGCUUUGUCCUCAGUGUAAUACGAUUACAUCCCCCAGUGACCUCCGUCGAGUUUACCUGUGACCUAUGAAGAUUUCUAGAGAACAGUAACCUAGUGAAGAACAUGGCUACCUCUAAUGGAUUAAGACUGUCUUGAGCCGUCAAGAGGCUCCAGAGUGAUCUGCUCCGUGUCUCCAUGUUGGUUGACCUCGUUUCUAUAUUUCCAGCAAUAGCCACACAGGAUCGAGGACAUGAUCUCCUGCAACCCAAACUUUGGCUUCUUAGAUGGCCUUUGACCUCCCCCUAUUUAUACCACCAGUAAUCCUGAUUUGUGAUCUAUGAGCUCAGACUCAGAAUACAAAUUCUUGCCGGUCUUUGCUCGUGUAUACACUGGUUAUUGACAACUUUUUGGAGGCAUUGCAUGUAGAUGUUGCAGAGCUACAAUUACCGCCAUGAAAGUGCAUUGUGUGUUCUUGCAGUUCUGUGGAAAAUAUGUCUGUCAUGACGGGGGGCAGGGAGAAGUGAGCCCUAAGCUGUCCCUAGAAACACUUUCCCUGCCUACUUGCCCAUCUGCCCAAAAUGAUGGAUCGACAACUUGGAGCCGGUCAAAGUCAAAAACUUGGCGUCAAAGUCAACAAAACAAAUGGAACUGUACAUAGUCGGGGAACAAGUCAGCAACAUAACCGGAAUACAAUAACCAACAAACAAGGAACAUACAAAAUACUAAAACCCGACAAAUGUACUAAAACAAA